AUGGCGGCUGACUUAGAAACUGCCCACGAGAAUCCCAUACCGGAAGUAGGCUUCAUUGAGCAACAAUCUAGCGGGCCUGACCAAAUCGAACCGGUGGCCAUUGAGCAGGAGAUGAAGGACACGGUCGUCGACUGGGAUGGACCAGAUGACCCCCAAGAUCCGCGGAACUGGCCAACCUGGAAACGCAUAACCCAAGUCGUCCUCGUCACCAGUUUCUUGUUCACUGCCAACCUAGCGGCGACCAUGUUUGCACCUGGAGCCGCUGCACUUGCGAAGGAGUUCCACAUCACAAAUCCUUCGAUAACCAGUCUCACCGUGUCGAUCUACCUUGCUGGCUUCGCCAUUGGGCCAAUGUUCAUUGCACCGCUAUCCGAGAUAUACGGGCGCCUUGUGAUUUAUCAUAUCUGCAAUGUCUUUUAUAUUGGCCUCAUCCUCGGAUGCGCCCUGGGCAAAAACACCGGCAUGUUUCUCGCUCUUCGAUUUCUUGCCGGAUGUGCUGCUUCAGGCCCAUUGGCUGUUGGCGGAGGAACCGUCGCCGACGUGAUCCCGCCAGCUCAGCGAGGGAAAGCAAUGUCUUUAUUCUUCGUAGGACCGCUUUUGGGACCAGUCUUCGGCCCAAUUAUUGGUGGCUUUGUGUCCGAAACAAUUGGCUGGCGAUGGACCUUUUGGAUAAUUCUCAUCUUAAUAGGAGUCGCCUUUACCAUAUCUAUCUUCUUUCUCCGCGAGACUAAUGGCGCCGUGCUGCUUGAAUGGAAAGCCGCUCGCCUCCGGAAAGAAACUGGGAAUGCUGCCCUAGUUUCGAAGAUGGACCGAGGCCUGAACCCUCGCCAGCUAUUCCUUCGCGCCAUCGUUCGACCGACAAAACUUCUCAUCCUGUCGCCAAUCGUGCUCCUCCUUGCCUUCCUGUGCGCAUUUCUUUUCGGUCUCCUCUUUUUGCUGUUUACCACAUUCCCCUCGGUCUUUGAGACACAAUACCACUUCAGCGCCGGCAUUUCUGGCCUGGCCUACCUCGGUGUGGGACUAGGCAUGGCCAGUUCUCUUGCUACAUUCGCCACGGUGAGCGAUAAGCUACACAGGGCCCUUGGAGAUGCGCCUAAACCCGAAGGGCGCCUGAAGCCCAUGAUGUGGGUGCUGCCCGCCGUGCCAGUUGGCGUCUUCUGGUAUGGCUGGUCAGCCGAAAAACAGACACAUUGGAUCGUGCCCAUCAUCGGUACCUUCUUCUUUGGAUUUGGCAUCCUCUGGGUCCUGAUGCCGACCCAGCUUUACAUGGUGGAUGCGUUUGGCGCGGAAGCAGCGGCCUCCGCGUUGGCUGCGAACGCGGUUCUUCGACUUCUGUUCGCAGCGUUUAUUCCAUUAGCAGGGCCAUCCUUGUAUGCACACCUAGGCCUUGGGUGGGGGAAUAGCGUCCUCGCUUUUAUCGGCGUGGCUUUUCUUCCAGUGCCGCUCUUGUUCUAUCGGUAUGGAGGGUGGCUUAGGGAGCGUUUCCCUGUGAAGCUGUGA